AUGGUCUCCUAUGACUCGCCACUGCUGCCAAUCUCGAAGAAGCGGCGGUGGGAAGAUGAUGCUGGCAAUCUCGCCGGACAGCACUCCACUGAUGAUGGUGCCAUUGCGGGCAGCAAGCUGGCGGCGGGUGGCCCCGUGCCCACCGUUGCUUCGACUUAUGUGCACUACAAGCCACUGCAGGCCCCCGCACUCAUGCCCGAGGUGUCGGGCCUGCUCACCAUGCUCCCACUUUGA